AUGGACGAUGGUCGCAUUGAAGUAUUCAAGGUGGACAUUCCUGAUGAACAGGUUGACAACUUGAAGUCACUUAUUCGACCUGAUCGUCUAUCACAUCCUCUGGAAGAUUGCGAAAAAUCGCAAACUAGACAUGAUCUCAUGCGAAAUCUUUCCAAAGUAAUGAGUUCAUUCGACUGGAAGCAGCAUCAGCAUUUUCUGAACACUUUCAAGCAAUAUAGGACCGAGAUUGAAGGAUUACAAAUUCACUUUUUACGGGUUUCCUUACCAAAGGAGAAAGGAAAGGAUACCAUACCGAUUUUGUUACUGCAUGGUUUUCCUGGAAGCUAUUGGGAUUUCUACAAAGUAAUUCCAAUUCUUACAAAUCCUGUCCGAUUCGGAUUCGAUUUUGGAGUGAAGAGACCGUUUCAAUUCGAAGUCAUUGUGCCGAGCCUUCCAGGAUUUUUAUUUUCUUCAAAACCUUCGAAGAAAGGUAAGAUGAAGCUCAGUGUGCUCAACUCACUCAUAGUGCUUGACAAACUUUCCUAG